AAAGGCUUCUAUAGUGGCUGACUGACAGGACACAAGCUGUAAGUAAAUUCUAGUACAGGAGAAUCAGGAUGAAAAGAUGGCAACCAUGCUGUUACCAACGGGUCCUGAUGGCUUGCGGCGGUUCACUCGCGAAUCCUUGGCUGCGCUGGAGCAGCGGAUUGCGGAGGAGCAGGCCAAAAACGCCAAGGAUUGCCACGAGGCUCACAGGAACGCAGAGCCACCCAAACCCAGGCCCGACCUGGAGGCAGGCAAGCAGCUGCCGCGCAUCUUCGGUGACAUCCCUACAGAACUUAUCGGGGUCCCACUGGAAGACAUUGAUCCGUUUUACUACAAGAACCAGAGGACUUUUAUAGUACUAAACAAAGGGAAGGCCAUCUUCAGAUUCAGUGCCACAUCUGCAAUUUACAUUUUUAGUCCAUUUCACUUCAUCAGAUCAAUCGCCAUCAAAAUUUUAGUCCAUUCAUUGUUCAGCUUGUUCAUUAUGUUCACUAUACUCACCAACUGUUUCUUCAUGGCCAUGUCGGAUCCGGCACCAUGGACCAAGUACCUGGAGUAUACUUUCACUGGCAUCUACACCUUCGAGUCUGCGAUAAAGAUAUUAGCGAGAGGAUUCUGUAUAAUGCCGUUCACCUUUCUGAGAGAUCCAUGGAACUGGCUGGACUUCACCGUCAUUGUCAUGGCAUAUGUGACAGAAUUCGUGGACCUGGGAAACGUCUCAGCGUUAAGAACCUUCAGAGUACUACGAGCACUGAAGACCAUCUCAGUGAUCCCAGGUCUGAAGACCAUCGUGGGCGCGUUGAUCCAGUCGGUGAGGAAGCUGGCGGACGUGAUGAUCCUGACCGUCUUCUGUCUGAGCGUCUUCGCCCUCAUCGGCCUGCAGCUCUUCAUGGGGCUGCUGAGACAGAAGUGUGUCCGCAGCCUGGCUCACUGCAUCAACUCCUCCUACAGCCCCAACGCAUCCUUCAUCUGCAACAACAGAACCUGGAGCUCCAGGGCCGACUUCCUCGGCAGCGAAGAUAACUUCUACAAAGUUGAAGGAGCGAAGGAUGCCUUAAUAUGUGGAUAUGGAAGUGAUGCAGGGAAGUGUCCCGAUGGAUUCGACUGUCUGAAAGUAGGAAGGAAUCCAAACUACGGCUACACCAGUUUUGAUACCUUCGGCUGGGCUUUUCUGGCCCUUUUCCGACUCAUGACACAAGACUACUGGGAGAAGCUGUUUCACCAGACGCUGCGCUCAGCAGGAAAGACCUACAUGGUUUUCUUCGUGCUGGUGAUCUUCCUGGGCUCCUUCUACCUGGUCAACCUGAUCCUGGCUGUGGUGGCGAUGGCCUACGAGGAGCAGAACCAGGCCACCAUCGCUGAGGCCUGGCAGAAGGAGAGGGAGUUCCAGCUGGCCAUGGAGCACCUCCGCAGGGAGCAGAGAUUGGCAGCAAAAAGACAACAAGCGCAGGACACAGACUCGGUGUUGUCCCCAGAGUUGUCUCCGUUCUGUCUGAAGACGGGCAGCAUACGUCGCAGCAGCAGCAGAAGAAGAAGAUCGCACAGAACGUUGUCGGAGGAAACGGCAGAGGAAGCUGCUGAGGACAAGUUUGACCUGCUGGAUGAGUCAAUGCCUCCUCUGUCUCCUUUUCCGGCCCACCCUCUGCUGGCCACGCUGUCCUCUCACCCCCUCAGCACGAGGAGAGGAAGCCAGGUCAGCAUCUUCAGCGCCUUCCGGGCGCGCAACAACUCGGAGGCCGACUUCGGAGACGACGAGUACAGCAUUCACGGGGACGCCUUCAGGAGUCGCACCAGUUCAACAGCAACGCACUGGAAGAAGAGGACGGGCAGCGUACGGAGCCACUGCUCCCAGAUCUUCACCCCCAGCCUCAACAUCAACGGCCGCCUCAACAUCUCCCUGGACCAGAACGGAGUCACCACUCUGGGUGUUCAUACUCCUACCUCCAUGCCUGCUUACAGCAUGGAGAGAGUCAGAGAAGACUUAAAGCCCACCAAUUCAGAGGACACAGUUCCCAGACUUCUCCUCCAGCCGUCCCCGACUGUCACCGAACCGCCGACGGUGCAAAGGAAAAGAGGGUUGAGCUCUGUCAGCUUCCUCAGCGAUGCCAUGGGUGAGCUGGAGGUGUCGAGGCAAAAGUGUCAUCCAUGCUGGUACACAUUCGCCAAGAAGUACCUGAUAUGGGCCUGCUGCCCCUGGUGGCUGCAGAUGAAGGAGUGGGUGAAGUGCAUGGUGAUGGAUCCCUUUCUGGAUCUGGGCAUCACCAUAUGCAUUGUGCUGAACACCCUCUUCAUGGCCCUGGAGCACUACCCCAUGACUGAAGAGUUCAACACCAUGCUGUCAGUCGGCAAUCUGGUUUUCACAGGGAUCUUUACAGCUGAGAUGGUGCUGAAGCUAAUCGCCAUGGAUCCGUACUACUACUUCCAACAGGGCUGGAAUAUCUUUGACGGCGUCAUUGUUUGCCUCAGUCUGAUGGAGUUGGGUCUUUCCAAUGUCGAGGGGCUGUCUGUCCUACGAUCCUUCAGACUGCUGCGUGUCUUCAAGCUGGCUAAGUCCUGGCCCACUCUCAACACUCUGAUCAAGAUCAUCGGAAACUCGGUGGGCGCCCUGGGGAACCUGACGCUGGUGUUGGCCAUCAUCGUCUUCAUCUUCGCCGUGGUGGGCAUGCAACUGUUUGGCAAGAACUACCAGGACUGUGUGUGUAAGAUCGCCAUCGACUGCCAGCUGCCUCGCUGGCACAUGAAGGACUUCUUUCACUCCUUCCUGAUCGUGUUCAGGGUUCUGUGUGGCGAAUGGAUUGAGACGAUGUGGGAUUGUAUGGAAGUGGCCGGGCAGCCGCUCUGUAUCCUGGUCUUCAUGUUGGUCAUGGUCAUAGGGAACCUGGUGGUGCUGAAUCUCUUCCUGGCUCUGCUGCUCAGCUCCUUCAGCUCUGACAACCUCUCUGCUCCGGACGAAGACGGCGACCUGAACAACAUCCAGAUCGCCAUCGCCCGCAUCCACUCCGGCUUCUCCUGGUUCAGCACCUGCGUCAUCGACGUCUGCAACCGCAGCCUGAAGCGCCGGAAGCAGAAGGCCAAAGACGGCGGUCAGGGCCUGAAGCUGGUCGGGAACCACGUGGAAUGCAACGGUGGCGUGUUUGGACGCUACGGAGAGAAGUACGUCAUCCCGGAGGAGGACAGCUACAUGACCAACCCUAACCUGACCGUCAUCGUGCCCAUCGCACCCGGAGAGUCAGAUGUGGAGUUUCUAGAGGAGGAGGAGAUUUCUGAGUCAUCAGAGGACGAAGACAACAAGCCGGAGAAGGUCAGCCUAUCAGAGGGCAGCACGGUGGAUCUGAGGAAGCCUGGAGAAGAGUUGGACAACUUCUCAGAGCUGGGAGACGACAGCAUGGAGCCGGAGGAAUGUUUCCCUGAAUUCUGCCUGAGACACUGCCACUGCUGUGAGGUGGACACCAGCCGGGGGCUGGGCCAGGCCUGGUGGAGGCUGAGGAAGACCUGCUACCAGAUCGUGGAGCACAGCUGGUUCGAGACCUUCAUCAUCUUCAUGAUCCUGCUCAGCAGCGGGGCUCUGGCGUUUGAAGAUAUCUACAUCGAGAAGAGGAAAGUGGUUAAAGUGGUGUUAGAGUACGCCGAUAAGGUCUUCUCCUACAUCUUCGUGCUGGAGAUGUUCCUCAAGUGGAUCGCGUACGGCUUCAAGAAAUAUUUCACCAACUACUGGUGCUGGCUCGACUUUCUCAUCGUGGAUGUGUCUCUGAUCAGCCUGGUAGCGAACUCACUGGGAUACUCCGACUUCGCUGCCAUCAAGUCUCUGAGGACUCUACGAGCUCUGAGACCUCUCAGAGCUCUGUCCAGAUUUGAGGGCAUGCGGGUGGUGGUGAACGCUCUGAUCGGAGCCAUCCCCUCCAUCAUGAACGUUCUGCUCGUCUGUCUCAUCUUCUGGCUCAUCUUCAGCAUCAUGGGCGUCAACCUGUUCGCCGGGAAGUUUGGGAAGUGUGUGAACAGAACGGGCUUCAUCCACAGCGUGUCGGCCGUCAACAACAAGUCAGAAUGUCUCUCCAUGAACGACACGCAGUUCUACUGGACCAAAGUUAAGGUCAACUUUGAUAACGUGGGACUGGGAUACCUCUCCCUGCUGCAAGUGGCCACAUUUAAAGGAUGGAUGGAGAUAAUGCAUGCAGCUGUUGAUUCUAGAGGAGUGGAGGAGCAGCCCAUCAGAGAGAUCAACCUCUACAUGUACCUGUACUUCGUCGUCUUCAUCAUAUUCGGCUCCUUCUUCACUCUCAAUCUCUUCAUUGGUGUCAUUAUUGACAAUUUCAAUCAGCAGAAAAGAAAGAUGAGUGGACAGGAUAUCUUCAUGACUGAAGAGCAGAAGAAGUAUUAUAACGCCAUGAAGAAGUUGGGAUCUAAAAAGCCUCAAAAGCCAAUACCAAGGCCUGCGAAUAUUCUCCAAGCCUUUUUCUUCGAUCUUGUGUCCAAGCAAGCCUUCGACAUCAUGAUCAUGAUGCUCAUCAUCGUCAACAUGGUGACCAUGAUGGUGGAAACCGACGAGCAGUCCGAGCGCAGCGAGUCCAUCCUGAACAAGAUCAACCUGGUCUUCAUCGUCAUCUUCACCACCGAAUGCCUCAUCAAGAUCUUUGCCCUCCGUUGUUAUUUCUUCACAGUUGCAUGGAACAUCUUUGAUUUUGUGGUGAUAAUUCUCUCUAUCGUGGGGAUUGUUCUCGCAGACAUCAUUGAGAAGUACUUUGUAUCCCCGACCCUGUUCCGAGUCAUCAGACUGGCAAGGAUAGGACGUGUCCUUCGACUUAUACGUGCAGCCAAAGGAAUAAGGACUUUACUGUUUGCCUUAAUGAUGUCCAUGCCGGCACUGUUCAACAUCGGCCUCCUGCUGUUCCUCGUCAUGUUCAUCUACGCUAUCUUUGGUAUGGCAAACUUUGCCUACGUGAAAAAACAGGAUGGGAUCGACGACAUGUUUAACUUUGAGACCUUUGGGAAUAGCAUGAUCUGCCUUUUUCAGAUCAGCACAUCGGCAGGCUGGGACAACCUCCUGAGUCCCAUAAUGGCCAGCUCCCCAGAGGAGUGUGACCUGAACUUUGUCAACACCGGCACUAACACCCGGGGAAACUGCGGCAGCCCCUCAGUGGGUAUCGCUUUCUUUGUCAGUUACAUAAUCAUCUCUUUCCUCAUUGUGGUAAAUAUGUAUAUAGCUAUCAUCCUGGAGAACUUCAGCGUGGCCACAGAGGAGAGUACGGAGCCACUGAGCGAGGACGACUUUGAAAUGUUUUAUGAAGUUUGGGAGAAGUUUGAUUCUGAGGCCACACAGUUCAUUGAGUUUUCCAUGCUGUCGAUCUUUGCUGACACUUUGUCGGAGCCGCUGCGCAUAGCCAAGCCCAACAAGAUCAAACUGAUCGCAAUGGACCUUCCCAUGGUCAGCGGGGAUCGGAUCCACUGCCUGGACAUCCUGUUUGCCUUCACGAAGCGAGUCCUGGGAGAGUCCGGAGAGAUGGACGCCCUCAAGCAGCAGAUGGAAGAGAAGUUCAUGAUGACGAACCCCUCCAAGAUUUCCCACGAGCCCAUCACCUCCACGCUGCGCCGCAAACUGGAAGAGGUGUCCGCGAUCAUCAUCCAGAGGAGUUACAGGAGGCAUCUGGUGCGCCGGCAGAUGAAGCAGGCGUCCUACCUCUACAGACAAAUCAACUACGAGACUGUAGUAGAUGUGGAGAAUGCUCCGGAGACGGAGGGGCUGAUCGCCUCCAUGAUGCACCACUACGGACUCGUUGGGGAGGAGAUUGUACCGAGAACAGAGGACGUUCUACUGUCCUCGCCGCCAUCUUACGACAGCGUGACCCGGGCAGUCAGCGACGAGGUCCUCAGAUCGAUAUCCAGAGACUCUGAACUCGGAGAGCCUGGUGAAAACUAUGAGGAAACUUUCCUUUGAGACUCGAUUGUGUGGAGAGUGUUUGUGUGGUUUUUGUCUGUUUUGUUUACAGCAGAGAAUAUAGCUCAAAAUAACUCAUGGUCAAAGAUGAAAGAUGAGAUAAACCUUUUUUAUAUAUAUUUGUAGAUGCCAAGGAAAUAUGCAAUAUUUUAAGUAACUCAGCCUCUGUUUAAAUAGAACUAUUUAAUUUUAUUACACAGCCACGACCUCUAUGUGAGCAAGACAAACUUGUCCUCAUGCCAUUUCACAAAUUAACAUCUGGCAGAUCAUUUAUAACAUAGAAAAAGAACAAAAAAUUAUGAAAUCUAUUUAUAUGUAUAUCGACUUUAUAUUAACCAAGAAUAACAUUUUCCUGAAGUACAAAUGCAACAAUUGAAUCAAAUUAGUUUUUAAACUGGAACAAAGCAAAUAAAGUUCAGGUCUGAAACGUCCCUAAGGAUGCAGACAUUAUACGACUGUGUUUGCAAAAUGUUUCAUUGGCCAAAUGGCGUAAGUUGUCUUCUUGGACCUGCAGUAUUUGUCCAAGUUCAUCAUUUUGCCACUCCUAGACAUGUUGUUAGCUCAACAGCUAGCAGGCAUUCACAGAAAUGAUUGUACUACAGUUGACAUUACUUUAUGCUUUUGUUGCUAAAACACCUGAGCACUUGUACAGUGAAGUUUGUAUCAUCUUCAGGCUAGUCAGUAACUUGUAUUUAUAAAGUUGAAGUAACUUACGAACUAACUUCGCAAACAAGCUAAAGUAGCUAACAAACUAAAGUCGUAAACAAGCUAAAUUAGCUAAAAGAACUGUAAUAACUAAGGAAAAAUGAAUUUGUAAAACAUUAGCAACAUUCCUUACAGGAAACAACAUAAGGGAGUUUGUUUGAACUGAUUAAAGCAGCUGUAAUUAAUAGUCCUUAGCUAACAAACUAAAGAACUAAUGUAGCUAACCAGCUAAAGUAGCUAACAAACUAAAGUCCUAAACAAGCUAAAUUAGCUAAAAGAACUGUAACAAACUAAAGAACUAAUGUAGCUAACAAGCUAAAGUAGCUAACGAACUAAAGUCCUAAACAAGCUAAAGUAGCUAACAAACUAAAGUCCUAAACAAGCUAAAUGAGCUUUAAAACACUGUAAUAACUAAGGAAAAAUGACUUUGCGAAAGAUUAGCAACAUUUCUUACAGAAAACAGCAUUAGGGAGUUUGUUUGAACUGAUUAAAGCAGCUAUAAUUAAUAGUCCUAUCCUAACAAACUAAAGUACUAAUGUAGCUAACAAGCUAAAGUAGCUAUGGAAAAAUACCUUUAGUUAAACAUUAGCAACAUUUCUUGAGUACAGAAAGCUGCAUUUAAGACUUUGUAGGAAUAUAUUCAAGCUACUGUAAAUGCUGUUUUUCGCACAAAAAAACUUUGUAUGAAAUAUUUUUGAGUGAAAAAAUGCCGCUUUUUCACAUUUCUGUAUUUUUGUACACAUGUUCAGCUAUUUGAAUAUAUCUGAUAUAAAGUCCACUCCACAAGUGCUCAGAGGUUUUGAAACACUUCGGUUCACCAACAUUCUGCCGCCAUGCUGCUCACAAACCAACAGGCCGACUUACUAAAAGCAGAUUGAGAAUAUUGAACAUCUUGUAGUUCUUACAUUUCACAGUGAGCUACUACGUUGUAGCUAGCCGGCUAUAUUACUAACUGACGCUGACACGUGGAGUGAAUUUGCAUUCGUGACUGUAGCUGCUCAUUCAGGUGUUACUGUUGUGAUUUUAACCAAAGCUAACGUUUGCUCAAAACAUUUUCCAAUUUACAUUUUAACAUUAUAACAUUUUGAAGGGAAAAAGUAUAACCAAUUGACCGUUCGCAAAAGCUCAGCCCCCUUAGUUACUGUUGCUAUGCCCAACAAGCUUCCACAGACAGCAAUGCUCCUCUUGUUUUUUGAGUUUUGGGAAAGGGGGAAAAUACGACUCCUCUUGCUAAACUCUGAGGGUACCUGGUGUCGGACCGUUUCACCUUGUUGCUCAGACCUCAAAGCUUGACGGAUCUUCUUCUCUUAGUAACGGUUGCUAAGGCUAUGAUUGGACGAGGAGCGUUCGGGGGAGGAGUUUUGCGAAUGUCAAUUGUAAGCCAGAAUUGUAAAUUGAUAACAACUUCUAAUUUGGGGGAUUUUUUUCAUUUAUUUAUGAGUUGUUUGAUGGAUGAAAUGAUUCCUUUGAUAUGCACUAUGAUUGAAUGAAGGUGCUUUAUGCUGUAUGUAAUGGUGGAGAUACUGGUUGAAAUAGCAUCAAGUGCAUUCAGGUCAUGACACUAAUACAGCAAACAGCUAAAUGUCUUGUAUUCAGUAUGGACUACGAAUAAUGUGAAGAAAUAUACCACAAUUGGUUCCUAUUUGAAAAACUUCAAAUUAUUUGUCAAACAUAGCUCAUAACCAGUUGUACUGAUUACAAUGAAGAGCUGUGUGUACUAAUAAUCCCUGAAUUAUGUGCCUGAUUUUGAUUGUUAUCCGCACACUUCUCUGAAUCUCUUUGGGCCAUUUAAUUUGAUCUGAUGGAUGUGGAUUGGAAGAGCGUGAAUGCACUGAAAGCUCAUUUUGUAAUUAACUGUGUAAAGUACUUUGAGGCUGUUGUAAUGUAUGUAAAGCUAAUUUUUACCUAUUUUUUUGUAAUGUAUUUAUAUUGAAAGACCAUUUCAGUGACUCUCAUGCCGGCCAUAACAAGAUACGAUCAAAUUAUCUAAAUAAAUAUACUGUGUUCAUUUUUAUAUAUAAAAGACUUUCCUUGAGAACCUGAUUGUCUGUAUUGCAUUUAGGUUGAUCGUUUCAUGGAUUGUUUUAUUAAAUGGUAAUAAAACUCUUUUCCAUA